AUGCAAAAAGCAUCGCAGCAAUCACUACUGACUCCCACAGCCAAGUUUGUGAUGGAUUUACUGCUGAAACCAACCGCUAUUGAUGAAGAGCCAUCUACUACUGUAGACCAAAUGGUGUUGCAAUCUGGGCAUGUCAUCACUGCCGCUGUUAAAGUGGCUACAUCUAUUGAUGAGUUGCUGCAAUCAGAAGCAGUAAUCGCGCCUAUUGCUACAACCUUGGACGAACCCUUAUCUUGUGUGCUGGAAACAAAUCUGCAGCCUGCAGAAACCCUUGAUGGGUCAACCUCAGGAUUAACGAUGGCGGAGAAGAUUGCCAUCCCAGUUGAUAUACCAGACAACCCUCCGUUUCUUGAAGAUGCGCCGCCUGGUGAAGGUGCUGUUGGAAUAGAACUCAAAGACACGCUCUGCAAUCAACCAGAUUCUCCAAUUGCUGUUGAGAAUCACCAUCUUCCUUCAGCAUUAAUGGCCGCUGCUAGCAAAAGUGGAACAACAACAUCGCCGGACGUGGAAAUCCGGAGUGGAACGCCGGUGAGUAACUCCCUGAUUGUACACCCACCUUCUGCGCAACAAAAUCCCGUGAACGAUGCAGUUGACCGGGCGCCCUUGGUUUCAAAAGAGGAUAAGAUGCAAGCGGACUCCGCAGCUACUGCGCCAUCAGCGGAUAAAAGUUUGACCCCUUCAAAUCAAAAAAUUUUGACACAGAAUAUGAUCACCCCAAAUCAGCACGUUCCAAUUUCGAAUGAGAAAAAAACGAAGUCAAACUCUCCCUCAAUGCAAAUUUCUCGCUCAAGUUCUGAAAGUAUCUUUUUCGAAAAUAACAAGUCCAGCUCCAGUAAAAACUCCAUUCAAAGGUUAAAUCCUGAAGCUCCAGAAUUUACGGUCUCUCCUCAGCCCAUUCUAGAGGUUUUACUACCACUUACGGCCCCAAAAUUGUACUUAUCAAAAGAUGAUACAGAAAUAUGGAAGAAUACUGAGACUUUUAACCCAAACUAUUUGAUUGAAGACAUACAAUCUGAAGGCGGACUAAAUCAUGCCUCAAAUGAUUCUGAUAAUGAUUUCGAUAUGGAAUAUGCAAUGGAACAAGAGUCUUUUUACAGUGAGGUUUCUGCUCCAACAUACCACAAUCGAUCGAAGAAAGCUAAGGCUAAAAAGAAAGUCCAAGUUCACCGGUCUGCUAGAUUGAACAAGGAUUAA